AAGAAUCCUCUCUUUGUGAAGCUUUACUGCAAUGGCUGUAGAAAUACUCAGCACCACCACCUUGAAACCUUCUCCAUCUCCACCGUUCAAUCCCCUCCACAAUACCCACAUCCCCCUCACCAUCUUCGACAAAGCCGCCUUCAAUCUUCACGUCCCAAUCAUCUAUGCUUUCAGACCGCCCAUGCCAACAAACGAUGAGAUGAAAGCAGGCCUCGCUAAAGCUCUAACCUACUUUCCACACCUUGCUGGGAGACUAUCGAUAGAUGAACAACACCACCCUUGUUUUGUUCUUAACAAUGCAGGGAUCCGUUUGAUCGAGACCCAGAUAGAGAUGACACUGAUCGAACGAUUCCCACUCGACCCAUCGACCGAUCUUAGGAAAUUGCAUCCGACAUUUGAUGGUGUUGAUGAGUUGCUACAAAUCCAACUUAACCGUUUCUCGUGUGGCGGUCUUGUGAUCGGCCUAACAGCCCAUCAUCGUGUAGCUGAUGGACAAUCUAUGAGCUCUUUCUUCCUUGCAUGGGCUAAAUUAGUCUGUGGCCUUGAUGUGGACCCACUUCCUUAUCAUGAUCGAGCAGCCAUUUCAGUCCCAAGGAAUCCACCAAGGUGCGAUUUCAAUCACCAGGCUGUGGAAUUUAGAGAAAAUACUACUCUGGCCGUGUCCCCCACUUCCAACUCGGUCUGUUUAUCAUACAUAGAGAAUUUGGUUGUCCAUUUCUCUGGUGAAUUCAUAGCCAGGCUCAAGACACAUGUUAAUCCAGGCCAUCAAUACAGCACUUUCGAGUGUCUCAUGGCCCACCUGUGGAAGAAGAUCACGUUGGCACGUGGACUGCAGGAUGAUGAGCUGACUCAAGUGAGGGUGGCUGUGAAUGGCCGAGCUCGUAUUAAGCCGACGGUCCCGAUGCAGUAUUUUGGUAACUUGGUGUUAUGGGCCUACCCAAAAUUGAGAGUGGGGGAGUUGUUGAGUGGGACCCACGCAUCUGCUGCGAAGGUGAUCCAUGAUGCAGUAGCUCGGAUCAACGAUGCAUAUUUCAAGUCUUUUAUCGAUUUUGGUGAGGUUUGGAAGAGAGGAGAAGGAAGGGAGGAGAUGGCUGCAGCUGCUCCUUGCAGUGGUAACUCGUUGUGUCCGGAUCUGGAAGUGGAUAGUUGGCUGAGAUUUCAGUUCCAUGAUCUUGAUUUUGGUGGAGGUGGGCCAUGUGCUUUUCUACCACCUAACUUGCCUGUAGAGGGAUUGCUGAUAUUCAUACCUUCAUGCAAAGAGAAGGGCGGGAUCGAUGUCUUCAUGGCUCUUUUGCCUCAUCACGUGGACCAUUUCAAACAGAUUUGCCAUUGUCUGGAUUAGCUAGGGGCGGUUACUAGUGCCAAUGUUUUACACGAGUGUGAGAUCCAAACCGCUCAUGAGACAGCCAGUCGCCACCAUGUAGGUAUGCCUGUUCAAAAGCUCGGCCAGUCCGCUCAUUGAUGCAGCACACGCGUACAUUAAAUAUGAAGCCUUGGCUUAUUACUUUUGCCAUCCAUGUGCAGAAAAAGGUACCGCCCGCAUGAUGAACGGCUUAGAUCUCACACAUAUGUGUCACCUUGGCAAGUGCGAGCAGAGUAUUGUACUGAUAGCUGAUUUUCUUUCUGUUUGAUGUGUUCAUGAGAUGAAUAAAAUUUGAUUUGUGACAUUAAAUCUUUAUUAGA